AUGUUCCCCACUUCGUAUACCUCUCAACCUUUGCGCGCUCGCAUCGUGGGCGUGGUCGUCGAUCCGAUAGCUCAACAAUGGAUCACCGCCGGUUACAAUGUCGUCUUUGAGCCCACCACCAAUGUCGCAGUACUGUUACCCGUCGGCCCUAACGAAGUGACGAACAUUUGGCAGUAUCAGUCUCGACAGAACGUUACCUUUGACGUCAACUUGUCACCUGGUGCGUCGGGCCCGCGUCGCACUGUCCCCACCUUCCACUCAUACAAGCAACCUGCGUCUCAUAGUAUGACUCUGGACCCUUCCGCGCCGGCCUUUCAACCAACUAGCUCUAGGGCAUCACCGAUGAGCAGCGCUCCUCACACUCCGCGGAAUAGCACUUCCGUCUCUCCCCAGAACACCACUCCCCGCACUCCGCGGAACACUAUUCCUCGCGCUCCACGGAACAACAGCGCUCCUGUUACUCCACAGAACAGAACCUUUGCCUCUACACGGAACAGCGCUCCUGUCACUCCGCGGAACUGCACUCCUCUCCCCCAAAAGGAGCAGAACUUCGACGCCCCGAUUGAGAUAAUCGCUUCGCCAACUUCAGAAGCCGGAGCACCUUCAACCGAUACUAAGUCAACUUCAGUCGUAAAUAACGUUCCAUCCAACGAGACUCUUGAAAAUGACACAGCUCCAGUCGUUGCUUCUAAGAAGUCAUCGAUCAGCUCAGUAACUGGGCUCGAUGCAUUUUCGAGCCCACCAGACGAGGAUUCAGCUGCGCUCUUCUCUGUUAUUCAAGAGAGUGUCACCCGCCAGCAACGACGCUCCUCGAUCGCCUCUUCGACCUCCUCUCACGCUCUUCCGCAACAGUACACACCGAAGUCGGACGAUCAGCCCGAAUUACACCGACCGGAUAACGUGGACGAGAACAUGCCUGCAUCGCCUGAGGAGGAGAACGGCUAUUACGGCUACUACUUCGCCUUGGGGAGCAGUGAGCAUGGCGAAGAUGUUGCGGAUGCUUCUCCGGAAGACAAAUCUUUCGGAAUCGAGGCGGCUGACGAGAAGGAGGACGACGAGGAGCCUCUCAUUCCUUCUGUCGAGCCCUCCCCAUCUAACAUUAUUGAGCUCCCUUCUGAUGACAGCAGUGUAGAGUCAUCAACCCCAGAGCUCGGUGCCGAAGGUCCUACGAUAACGUCGGCGUACUCGAUGACGCGGACGUCACUGUCUGACCCAUCUUACGCGAUACCCAGCGGUAUCGCUGCUGAUAAAAAGGUUGAAGAGAAGGCGGAAGAGCUCGAACUCGAGCCAGCUCAUGCUCAUUCGCCAAAGAGAGGUGAUAAGGAGAGGGACGGACUCGCGAGAGUGCUCAGCGCGAUCCACCUCCAGAUGCAGUUCAAUCGGAUAUCGAAAGCUCUGGAAGACAACGUGCAGAAAACCGAGGAAUUGCAGCACAACCAUGCUGCUCCUCGUUGGCAACAGCAGAAGGAGGUUCCCCGGACUGCGAAGCCGGCGAUUCCCAAGCCUGGCAAUUUCGACAAGAGUCAGGUAUUGAGAGUUGGAGGGACCAGGAAGACGCGCAACAGGCGCCAGAACACCACUAAGGCUGACAAGGCCUCGAAGCCUCCGACGUUGACGACAUUCACGUUUAGCUUGUCGUCUGAGGAGGAUAAGCCAGAUGAUUCGAGGGUGGUGGAAGAAUUGGAGUAG